AUGACUGUGAUUCAAAACGACAAAAAUGAGCUCACCCCAACGAGAACAGUGACCGGAUGGAGAGUUUGCAUGGAUUACCGGAAGCUAAACAAUGCUACUUGCAAAGACCAUUUCCCUAUGCCUUUUAUUGAUCAAAUGCUUGAUCGGCUAACGGGAAGGUCACUCUAUUGCUUCUUGAAUGGAUAUUCCGUCUAUAACCAAAUCAACAUCGCCUUGGAAGAUCAAGAGAAGACAACAUUCACAUGCCCAUAUGGGACUUUUGCCUUUUGCCGUAUGCCAUUUGGGCUAUGCAACGCCCCAGCUACUUUCCAACGGUGCAUGAUGUCAAUCUUCUCGGACAUGGUGGAAGAUUUCUUGGAGGUGUUUAUGGAUGACUUCCCCGUAGUGGGUGACUCCUUUGAGCAUUUUCUUGACAACCUUAGACAAGUGCUCAAAUGA